CUGCUUGACUUCCGGAACGUAAACUUUCCGUUGGGAGGAAAUUUACUAGCCGGCAUUUUUUUCUACACCGAGAUUAUAAAAAAUGUCUUCGGGUGUUUUAUCCCCGAGUGUGUCGGCUCCGGCUCCGGCUCCGGCAGGUAACCCGGGGAUUGUGAUCGGAGAUGCGGUUUAUUCGGGAGUUUUGUUGGCCAUAGACAGCUCUCUGGUGCCGGAGGAGAGGCGCUCGGAGACUCCGUCCAUGCGGGACGGGCUGGAGCUCCACACCGAGACCGAGCUCAGGAUCCUGGGCUGUGAGCUCAUCCAGUCCGCGGGGAUCCUCCUCAGACUCCCACAGGUUGCCAUGGCGACAGGACAGGUCCUCUUUCAGCGAUUCUUUUACUCCAAAUCUUUCAUCAAGCACAACUUUGAGAUCAUGGCCAUGGCGUGUGUGAAUCUCGCCUCUAAGAUCGAGGAGUCUCCGAGGAGAGUGCGUGACGUCAUGAACGUGUUCCAUCACCUGAAGCAGGGAGGAGGGAAGAGAAGCGCUCCACUGUUCCUGGAUCAGAAUUACAUCAACACCAAAAACCAGGUGAUUAAAGCCGAGCGGCACGUACUGAAGGAGCUCGGCUUUUGCGUCCACGUCAAACACCCGCACAAGAUGAUCGUGAUGUACCUGCAGGUGCUGGAGUGUGAGAAGAAUAAGGUCCUGGUGCAGACAGCCUGGAACUACAUGAACGAUGCGCUCAGGACCGACGUGUUUGUGAGGUUUGAACCAGAGACCAUCGCGUGUGCCUGUAUCUACCUGGCUGCUCGGGCUCUUCAGAUUCCCCUCCCCACCAAGCCGCACUGGUUCCUCCUGUUCGGAGCAUCAGAGUCGGAUAUCAGGGAAAUUUGCAUCAGCACACUGAAGCUGUACUCCAGGAGUAAGCCGGCCAUUGCUCAGUUGGAGAAGGAGGUGGAGAAGAAGAAGAUGUGUCUUGAGGAGGAGAAGCUGAAGAUGAAGGGUGUGAACUACAGCGUCACUCCAGCUCUCAACCACACCAGCACCUUCUCUCCUGCUUCUAAACCUGGUUCUCCAAGGGAGGUUAAGACUGAAGAAAACGGUAAACAAGUGAGAGAGGAGAAAGAGGAGCGACACCUGAACUCCAAAAGCCCCAUCACCAGUGUGAAAAAGGAGGACAGUGGAGUCAUGCAGAACGGCCACUCUGCCUCCAGGGGGCGCUCUAGAUCCCCUUCUCCUCCCACACGUCGGAGUCGUUCAGGAACCUACAGCUCCCCCAGCAGCCACAGCCCAUCGCCACGGCAACACCGAAGCCAGAGGUCACCGCAAGUUCGGAAUGAUCAGAGUCGCCGUGGAGACAGACAGAGACGCUCCCGCUCCCGUAGCAACUCACGGGGCCGUCACCGCGAUGAUGGGAAACGCAGACAUGAGCGCUGGGAGAGAAGAGAGCGGGAGCGGUCACAUGAUGGUGGACGUUCACGUGAUUACGAGCGUAAAAAUGAGCGCAGAACACGGUCCGCACAUUCUCGCCACCGCAGGUGAACUUCCUGUCUCACACUGGCUCUGUGGCCAGAGAGGAUUCUGAUUGGUUAUGUGGUCAUGGAACCAGUAAGAAUGUAGAGGAGGCGGGGUUUACAAAAGAACACAGGAUUUGAUUGGCUAGAAUCUACAUCAAUUAUGACAAACUGGGAGCUAACACCAGUGGACAUUAACAUAAUGCUAUAGCUACUGAGCUCUUAGCAUUACUGGCAACAUUUAGCUAAGUGCUUAACUGAUAGCUAGCUAGCAUAAUGCACGGAGCGGGGAGACAACACAUGUAUCAAAGACUAAACAAACGCACAAAGUUACACUAGUAAUGUGUACCAAAUAUGUAACGCAGCUUCUAGUGCAUUUUCAUUGGUUGUUGCACAUAGCCAAUCAAAAUCCUUUCAGCCUUGAGAGGCUGUUUCCCAUGGGCGGAGCUCCAGUUUUAGCUUUGAGACCAUUACACAGCCACUCAGAGGAACGUGAGGACUUCCUGUCCUGUUGAACGGCAUGAUGGGAAAGCAGGAGGCGGGGCUUAUUCACCAUUGAGCUUCACAUUGAAAAGCUGAAAAACACUGAUGCCUUUUUAUGUCCUUUUUUCCAUCAGACUUGAAUAAUGCACGCAAGUGUAUCAGGGAAAAACGUGUGUGUGAGCCACGUGUGCACAUGUGAUGAUGGAGCACAGCUGGAUUUCUGUGCUCUGUCCUACACGCUGCUUUGCUUUUACAUCAAGUGCAUUAAGUUUGUAUCUUUAUAUGCUUUUUAUUUUAAUAAAAUGUUUCUUAUUGAGAGUCA